GAGCAUGAUCAGAACUUUGAGCUGCGGGAGCAGAUGUCUGGGUACAAGCGCAUGCGGCGGCAGCACCAGAAGCAGCUGAUCGCCUUGGAGAACAGGCUGAAGGCCGAGAUGGACGAGCACAGGCUGAGGCUGCACAAGGAGUUGGAGACACAGACCAACAACACAUACUUGGAACUGGAGAGGCUAGCCAAGCGUCACGUAGCUCAGACCGACAAAGAGAUGAAGUCGUUGGCUGCGGAGGAGAAGCGGAUCCAGCAGCAGAUCUUGGCUCAACAAAAGAAGGAACUGACGUCGCUUUUGGAGAGCCAGAAGAAAGAGUACAGACUCUGCAAGGAUAAAAUCAAAGAGGAGAUGAGUGAGGACCCGUGCACCCCCAAAGAGGAGAAGCAGGAGCGUCUGUCCCGGCACAAGGAGACGGUUCAACGCUCGCAGGCCGAGGACGAAGCCCACCUGCUGGCCACGCAGAGGCUGGUCUACGAGCGCAGCUGCCGGGCGCUCAAACGCAGGAGUCUGCUCCGGAAGCACGACUUUGAACAGGAGCAACUCCGAGAAGAGCUGAACAAGAAGCUGAGCCAGAAGGAGAUGGAGCAGGCGCUAAUGAUCCGGCAGGAUGAGGGCACGCAGGACUUGGAGCAGCGGCAGCUUCACGUGCUCCACAAACUCCGCGCCGAGCUCAUGCGGAUGCAGCACCGCACCGAGCUGGACAACCAGGACGAGUACAACGACCGCAGGCGGCGCGAACUCGCUCGCAAGCACGCGCUGGAGCACAGGCAGCAGCCCAGAGACCUCAAGACGGUGGAACUGCAGAUCAAGAAGCAGUUCCAGGACACGUGUAAGGUUCAGAACAAGCAGUACAAAGCUCUUCGCAACCACCAGCUGGAGGUGUCACCCAAAGGGGAGCACAAGUGUCUCCUGAAGGGGUUGAAGGAGGAACAGACCCGCAAGCUGGCCGUGUUGGCCGAGCAGUACGAGCACUCAAUCAACCAGAUGAUGGCCUCGCAAGCGAUGAAGCUGGAGGCCGAGCAGGAGUCCGAAUGCGAGGCCCUGAAGCGGCAGCUGAAGCAAGAGAUGGAGCUCCUGGACGCCUACCAAAGGAAGAGCAGCUCUCAGAUGGAGAGCCAGCACGAACGAGAGCUGCAGAAACUCCAGCAGAAGGUCUCCAUUCGUAGGGCCCACCUGGAGCAGAAGAUGGAGGAGGAGCUAUCGGCCCUGCACAAGGAUCGCAGCGAGAGGAUUAAAACUCUGUUGGAGCGUCAGGAGCGUGAGAUUUUGUCCUUCGACAGCGAAACUCGCAUCCUCGGCUUCGGAAGUCUGGGAUCUCUGGAUUUGUUUCCCAAAGACGACAGAUGA